GAUGACGUCAAAUUCAAGAUGGAUGGAAUCACAGCGGCAGCGGCGGCUGCGGCGCGCGCGAGCCGAGUGUGAGCGGAAAGGGGCCCGGCGCCUGCCUCGGGGCUGAAGGCCGGUAAGCCCAGCAAUGGAGGGAUUGCUGCACUACAUCAACCCAGCACAUGCCAUUUCUCUCCUGAGUGCUCUCAACGAGGAGCGCCUCAAAGGACAGUUGUGUGACGUUCUUCUGAUUGUUGGAGACCAGAAAUUUCGAGCUCAUAAAAAUGUCUUGGCUGCCAGCAGUGAAUACUUUCAGAGUUUAUUCACAAAUAAGGAGAAUGAGUCACAAACUGUAUUUCAGCUUGACUUUUGUGAACCAGAUGCUUUCGAUAACGUUUUGAACUACAUUUAUUCUUCGUCUUUGUUUGUGGAGAAAGGCAGCCUUGCUGCGGUCCAAGAGCUGGGCUAUAGCCUGGGGAUUUCCUUUCUGACCAACAUCGUCUCUAAAACCCCUCAGGCCCCGUUUCCGGUGUGUCCCAACAGAAAAACAGUAUUCAUAGAACAUGAUGAAAACAGCUCUCAAAAGAGAAGUGUCAUUGUCUGUCAGAGUAAAAACGAAGCACAAGGGAAAACUGUUAGUCAAAACCCGCCCGACGCGAGCCACAGUCCCCGGCUCUCCCCUAGCAUCGCGGUCAAGGCCAAUGCCGGCAAGCCCCAUGUUCCAAAAGCCACCGAACCGCUUCACAGCUUGUCAUCGGCUGAAAAAAGUUGGCCCCGAGACGCUUCUGUGGGCUACGCGAAGUCUCUCGAGCGUUCUGGGUCCCUGGAGGACCCCAGCAGAAGCAUCCUGGUGAGAAGGACCGCAGCACUGCCUUCCACGCCUCUGCAGGACAGAGAGGCGGCGGACGAGAAGCCGGGCGGCAGCGGCCAGCUUCCCAAAGGGAAGGCUAUCGAGCUGGCUCUGAAAAGGCCGCGGCCGCCCGUCUUAUCUCUCCGAAGCUCCUCGGAGACACCCUACCUGUUGAAAGAAACGAGCAGGGGCAGCAUUCCGGGCGAGGACCGGAACCUGCUGUACUACUCGAGGCUGGGCCUGGUCAUCCCGUCCGGCGGGUCCGCCACGGCGAACCAGAGCAUCGACAGGAGCGGCCCGCUCGUCAAGAGCCUCCUCCGGCGGUCCCUGUCAAUGGACAGCCAGGUCCCCGCCUGCUCACCCUCGGUGGAGCCGAGGUCUUCCCAGGGCUUGUCCUCGGUGCCAGGCGACACUCCGGGGAACGUGUUUUGUGCUUUGUCUCAGAAGUCGUCUUUGAAAGACGGCGGUGACAAGCUGGCCCUGGACGAGCGGCCUCCCGCCGCCCCGCCACACCGCCUCAGGUCCUUCAGCGCUUCCCAGUCCCUAGGGAGGGAUGGCACCGAGGCUCGGAUCAAGACGGAGCCCCGCAGCCCGCUGGCCGACCCCUCCGACAUCAUCCGCGUCACCGUGGGGGACGCCACGGCGGCGGCCUCCGGCACCAGAGACCUUUCCCUGAAGAUGGAGGACGACCAGAAAGACAUGAGCCGACUCCCGGCGAAGAGGCGCUUCCAGGCGGACCGCAGGCUGCCGCCCAAGAAGCUGAAGGUGGACGCGCCCGGCCACCCCGCGCCGGAGGACGGCCUCCAGGGCGGCCCGGGCCCCGCGCUGCUCGGCGCGGACUCCCCGCAGUCCGACUCGAACAAAGAUGAGUUCGAGCAAGGAAGCCACGAGCGCCUGUGCCGCAGCGCGACCGUGUGCCCGUACUGCAGCCUCAGGCUCUUUUCGCCCGAGCUCAAGCGCGAGCACGAGAGCACGUGUGAGUACAGGAAGCUGACGUGCCUCGAGUGCAUGCGCACCUUCAAGUCCUCCUUCAGCAUCUGGCGGCACCAGGUCGAGGUCCACAAUCAGAACACCAUGGCGCCCGCCGAGAACCUGUCCUUGCCCGGCGCCGACCACAACGGCGAGGCCACCGGCGCCCCCCGGCCCCCGGCCCAGCCCGAGCCUCCGAGAGCCAACCACGUGGCCACGGCCAAAGACGACGGCGCGUUCAGCGACUGCUCCGAGCAAGUGAACUUCGACUCGGAGGACUCCUCCUGUCUCCCCGAGGACCUCAGCCUGUCCAAGCAGCUGAAGAUCCUGGUCAAGGAGGAGCCCGUGGGGGAGGCCGAGGGCGAGGCGCCCGAGGUCGGCGCGGCCCCCCAGGCGGGGGCGGCGGCCCCGAGCCAGGACCCCGGGCUGUGGCCCUGCGAGAAGUGUGGCAAGGCCUUCCCCGCGCACAGGCAGCUGGAGCGGCACCAGGAGCUGCUGUGCUCCGUGAAGCCCUUCAUCUGCCACGUGUGCAACAAGGCCUUCCGCACCAACUUCCGGCUCUGGAGCCACUUCCAGUCCCACACGUCUCAGGCCGCAGAGGACCCGGCGCACAAGGAACCCGAAGUGUGCCCGGUCCCCGCAAACUCUCCGUCGCCGCCACCCCUGCCUCCGCCCCCGCCGCUGCCCAAGAUCCAGCCCCUGGAGCCCGACAGUCCCACGGGGUUGUCCGAGAACUCGGCUCCCGCCCCGGAGAAACUGUUUGUGCCCCAGGAGUCGGACACACUCUUCCACCACGCCCCGCCCCUGUCCGCCAUCACGUUUAAAAGACAGUUCAUGUGCACACUUUGCCACAGGACAUUCAAGACCGCGUUCAGUCUUUGGAGUCAUGAGCAAACUCACAACUGACGACCACCCGUUCCCAUUACGGAAUGCAGGGGCGGUCUCCAGAAACAGAAUGUUUUCUUACAAAAGAAUAAUAAAGGUUGGAAAUUGUUACGCUUGAAUAUAAGUUUGAGGUAAACUGAUAUUAAUUAGCGAUGUCCUUGCUCAAUUUAGGAAAACUGUAAAAAAUUCAAAAAAUUCUGUGCUUCUGGGCCUUAUAGUCGCAGGAGAAUUCGACUUCAUCAAGGUUGAAAUUUGAGCCUGGCCGUCCGCUGGCUCCCCGGUCUGCGGUGUCAGUAUAAUCUUUUACUUGGGGUUUUGUGUUUCUUACUGAUUUGCAGUUAGCGAAACAACCAUUCAAGGAUUUCUUCUUUUGAUUACGUCAGACAUCUAAGUCCUAGUUACAUCUUAGCCAUGUUCUUAAGUCCACAGUGGAUCAGGAAGCAGUCUAAUAGUUUGCAGUAUUAAAUCUUCUACUUUAGCAAUAAAAAAAGAAAAAAAAAUGAUAAACCUCAACUUUAAUAAGUUUAUCCUGACACUUGAUAAAAAUUCUUGGCAUUUUGUGGUCACCUAGAACUUUUUUUUUGUAUGAAAAUUGUGAGAAAUUUAAAUCAGCAAUAGUAAUACUUAGAUUUUUAUAAAAUAAAAUUUGCUCUUGGGUCAUUUAGUAUAAUUAUUGAUGGAAGACUUGAGAAGUGAACAUAGUGAGGUUUCUGGAAGGCCUCUAAAGUGAGUUCACAGAAACUUCAGUAGCGAUAGACACUGUCAUCCAAACGGCCACCCUGUGCCACGUAUACACACAUCACAGUUCUAAGCUCGGACCAGCAUUCGAAGGACUGUGAGUGUUUGGUUUCCUCUGGCUCACGCUGCCACAGGUUGAAAGUCUGAGUGCGUUUGACAGAGAUGACGUGGCACUAAUGUUGAAUUUAGCAACAUCGGUACAUACAGCAAAUGAGGCCGGGACGUCCAUUUACGUAGGUCGGAGUCAGCACAGCUGCUCCGAACCCCAAAUUACCAUUCCCCUUCCAGAGACUGGGAGCCGUGCAGCCUCCCCUUGCUUUUCAAGAAUAAGAUUUACAAAUAGGAUUUCCUGCCUCUUUGUCCUGUGAUGUGUUCCGUUAGAAUUUGUUGGAGUUUUUCCUGGUAAAGCAUCCAUUCUGCUUUAAGUCACCGCUUAGCAUUUCACACGUAGGUGUGAAAGCACUGUCAAGGGUCCAAAGUUUGUUUUCCUACUUAUUUUGGCCCCUGGGGUUUGGCUUUUUUCCUUCUUUCUAUUUUGUAUAAGUUUUAAUUAAAAGCCUUUUAGUAGGUGUCAUCUAAAGUGCAAGGGGCUGUUUCAAAAGGGAAAAUUUGUACUUCACAGUUGGGGCAGAGGUUAGAUAUCUAAAAGGAAAAUUGCACAAACUACAAAAUCCCUUUAAGGUAGUGGUAUGGAUUAAGACUCCAAGUUUAUUAACUUUUUACAAGAUAUCCUUUCAAAUUAAGAAGGCAACUGCCGUGACUAAGAAAUAAUUUGCUGAGUAGUCAAAUUUGUGCUCCAGCAGCAAAGAACCAUGCUCAUUGGUCUCGUUACCACUGGUAGGAAAGGCGUUCUUUUCCUGAAACCAGCAUUCUUGUAAAAUACUAAUUGACUUUGUACGUUAGAGAAAUUACCUGAGAAGUUUUGCCUUUUUCAUUCGAAAACCAUCAAAAGUCCCAAAAUAUUUGAGUGGUUACUUCUUGUUUCCGUUCUUACUUAAAUUUGAUGGAGAAAGUAAAAUAAAAUUAAGUUACAGUAAAUGGUUGUUGUCAGCUUUACAUUUCCUUGAAGAAAUCUAUGCAUUUUAAAGGCAAAACUAAAGCAUACGACUCGGCGCGAAAUGGUAGGGUGGGUUGUCGUCCGCUGAGUUCGUUCCCUGCAUAGUGUUUCUCACCCCAGCACCUCGGUGGCUGUCAUGUCAGGAGACACUUUCCCUCAGAGGAACCGUUGCUUCCGGCUGUUGGAGCAUGUGUAAUAAGUUCAUGGUACACACAGUAUCUUGGCAUUGGAAAUUUCAAUAUGCCAGAACUUGAACCUUUAUGCUACAUUUUUGAGGAUUUUUAAUAAUGUUAAUCAGUACAAGAAUAUUUUUUAUCUAAAUGUAGGCUCUGCCUAUCUCUUAGAUUUUAAAAAUUGCCAGUGUUUUGUCUUGUUCACGUUUUUGUCUAGGCAAGGAACAUAAGAUUUCAAAUAAAAUUUUGAACCAAAAACAUUUAUAAUGCAGUUCUGGUUUUUCUAUUACUUUUUAUACUGUACCUUGAAAGCAUUAGGCUCAAAGAGUUUAUUUUGGUGGUCAAAAAAUAAAAUAUGCUUCCACUCACGUAAGUAUUUUAAACGUUAAGUGAAAUAAUGGAAGAUGUUAAUUGCUUUAUUCAGUGAACAAGUUUUUUAAGAAUGUCUAUCUUAGCAGAUACGUGGUGUGGGACAGCUUGGUCUCACAUUGUCGCAGCUCUUUAGCUAGCAGAUGAAAAGUUUUUAAUGAUUGUAAUUUUUGAAAAUCUGUAGCAAGUUCAUUAUUCCUUGUAAGUAUUCAGGAUGCCUACUUUUCGUAUGCAAUUCUGGAAAGAAUGAGAUGUUUUAAUAUAUUCUUUGUUAUUCCGAGAACCUGUUACUGAAUCUUUUUUUUUUUUUUCGUGUGGGGAAGGGAGGAACACCGUAAAAUGUGUUAUUAUCAAGGUAAGCAAUGGAGGUAACAUACUGUACGUUUUUUAUAGUAAUAUUUCAAGAUUCAUAGAAUAUUUACCUUUAAAACUGGUUAUGGUUAGUAUGCAUUUAUAAUUUUAACAGAAUUCACAACUAACAAUUCAACAGUGAUGUCAUGUGCACUGUGGGGAGAUGUGAGUGGUUCUUGGUUUUCUGAUUUGGAAUGGUGGUUAUAGCCUUCUCUUUAAAAAUGUGCCCGGCAUGUCGUCGGUGACAGCCCAGUCCACACACACCGUCGUCGGUGCUGAGGAUGGAAACCAAGGCACGGGUAAAGCGUGCUCCUUGGUGGCAGCAAGGGUAUGUUUAUCCUCAGGCCAACCGGACAGGGUGAGGGAGAGACGAGAACUAACUGAUGGAAAGUGAGCCUUCGUUCUGUCAAAUUUGUGUGCGUGCGCGUGUGUGUGUGUGCAUGCGUGUGAACAACCAUAAUCUGGGACUCUAGGAAGUAAAAUUGAAUUUUCUUACUAUAAAAAUAGAUAUUCAUAACAGGUUUCUUUAUAAAUUGCACUAAUUAGUAUUGGAAUAUUACAAUUCAGUUUUAUCCAUUUCUGAUGUCUCUGACGUUUUUUGCAAUAAUUGUAAAAGGCAUUAUUGAUUUGAAUAAUGCUAGCACAUGUUUUUUAAUAAGUUCUUUAACACUGGCAUUCUUAAGUUUUAAAAACAGGUGUUUCUCUUGUGGCUUUAGCACUUUAAGGAGUUGAAUGUUUGCCUGAGUUCUAAUACGCUGGGUCAGUGCUGCUCAGCGUGUUCUCCGUGCGGCAUUGCCACGUGACCAAGGGGAAGACUGACCAGUCGGCGUUUAGAUUUGGGAGGAGAAAAUGAGUUAAUGUCAGGUUCUUAAAAUUUUUCUUUUAGAGACAGUCAUUUGGGAACCAAAGUCUUUUACAGCAAAUCUUUAAACCGAUCGAAUUCACCGCUCUUUAGUCGUGCGGGUGCCGUCAGGUUUUCACACACAUUCUUGGUGAACGCUGAUUUUCAAAAGGUGAUCGUUUCUUACUGACGUUAAUCCAAGACUAUUUCAGAAUUUUCAUUAAGUAAAGGCUUAUUGUUAAAAGAAAAACCGAUGUGGUUUUAUAAUUGUGUAUAUUUUGUCGUCCUAUGCCUUAGCAGAGUAAACCAUGGUUCAGUUUUAUUUAGGAAUAAGCUUUUUUGGAUUGAAAAUUUAUAGUAAAAUAGGAUUUCUAUCUGAUGUUAAUCCAUUGCUUAUUUGUAUCCAAUUCUGUUGUCUGUUUACUUUGCUUAAAUCUCAACUAAGAAUGAUUGGAGUCAAUAAAUUUGUACUGUAUUUUGUUUUGA